CGCUAGGAUGCCACGUAUCAAAAAGGCAUCACGCAACAUGACGACCAUAAAGGAUAAUCGCACGUAUAGCCUAUUCCAUACCAUCUGCAAGAUCGCAUUUUUGAGCUCCGGUACCAACUUUUGGUUUGAGGACAUGGAUUUUCCUGCAAAAUUGAUAAACAUCUACAACGCAAUAGCUCCAGUCCUCGAAGUCAUAGUAGCUUUGUUUAUUAUGUCCCAUUGCGGUGCUUUUUGGACGCAGCCGAAUUUAAAUGAAAAGCAGAGCAACGAUCGAAUGUUAUUGACGUGUGUUAAUGGCCUUACGUAUUUGGUUUAUGUCAACAUUUUAUAUUAUAAGCGAGAGAUCAGAAAGUUGGUGAUGACACUUGCUGUGAGGUUAAAGGAGGUUUGUAACGAUGGAACCAUCGAGAAAAUGAUGCUUAGAACAACGUACCGGUAUAUAUCGGCGCUUGUUUUUAUAUGCAGCUCUGCGAUGAUUUCAUAUGGGCUUGGGAGUGGGAUUCAGGCGCUUACAACAAACGCGACUUUCACCAACAUGAUCCCUGUAUGGCCCGACGUUGAAGACCGAAGAAUUAUUGCCGGAGCCGGUCGCGUAGUCCACUACAUUGCCUGGUUGUUUUUAUUGGCCCGGAUCAUCGCCAUCUACAUGUUAAUUCUCACCAUCACCAUUAGUAUCGCGCACCAGUUCAAGCAUCUAUGCAAAUAUUUUGUAAACCUGAACGAUAUCUUUGAAGGCAGUGGCAGUCAGGAGGAAAAGGAGAGGAAAUUUGAAAAUGCUUUUAAAGUUGGGGUUAAAAUGCAUGCUAUCACGCUAUGGUGCACGCGGCAGAUACAGCUAACGGCAGGCAUGGCGUUCAGCGGACAGGUCAUCAUCAACGUCUGCUCACUCGGCCUGCUCAUGAUUCAGAUGAUGUCCACGGAGCGGACGCUGGUCGCCAUGAUGCAGAUCGUCUUCAUGGCGUUGUUAAUCCUGAUCGGCACUGGACUGUUCUUAUGGAACGCUGGAGACAUCACCAUCGAGGCGUCUCGUCUGCCAGCAGCCAUAUUCCACUCGGGCUGGCACAACUGCUCGAGGCAGUCCUCGGUGCGUGUGCGCAAGCUGGUCACCAUCGCCAUGACGCAAGCACAGGAUCGAGUAGUGAUAAAAGGGCUCGGAUUAAUUGAACUAUCAUAUGAAUCUUACGUUGCGAUUGUUAAGUCAUCCUACUCUCUGUUUUCAGUAAUAUACUAGAAAUCAUCUACUUAUGGUCUAAGAGCUAGCUACGGAAAUCAUCAUCAUUCUAGCCUUCAGUCGCCCACUGCUGAGCAUAGGCCUCUCUUCGUGUACACCACUUAUCCCGGUCCUGGGCUAGUCGCAUCCAAAAGUGCCCCGCGAUUUUCCUAAUGUCAUCCGCCUAACGAGCCAACGGACGCCAGGCGCUUCGUUCAUCCGAAAGUGGCCACCGAUCCAUCAACAUUUACGGAAAUACGAUACGGGAAUUCAAUAUUUUAUACGGAAAUAGGUUUGCAAUUUAUAGAGCAACAAAAUCCCUCUAGUCCCACCUCUGAACAGCUGCCAGGCGCCUGAAUUAAUUAAUAAUGAUAGUAUGACACACUCAAAAUCAAAAUCAAAACGUUUAUUCUGUAAAUAGUAUAGUAUAGUAUAUAGUAUAGUAGUAAUAGUAUAGUAGUAAAUAGUGUAGUAGUAUAGUAGUAUUCGGCUAGUCUGUGGCCAUGAGUAAGCCCAUUCAUAAUAAAAAAAAAAAAAAUAGGCUUAAGCUAGCUCUUUUACAUGUCAUCUUAUAACUAUAUAUACAAUAUUCUACUUUAACAUAAUAUGUAUCCUUAUCUUCUAAGAAUUCUUUAACAGUAUAAUAUAUAAGCUUUUUGUAACAGCUGUCGUUUCACAAUUGACUUGAAUUUAUUCAUUGACAAUUUCUAACUAUAGAGAUUUUGUUUCUCCGUCUAUUUAGAAUUUGUUUAACUGCAGGUGAUGUUCAGCUUUUGGAGCCAGAAAUUUGCAUAGUCGUAUUCACCCUUGCAACAAUCUACACCAUUUUACGUUUAGGUAUUUACUAGCUGUAAAGUAGCAUUAUGAGAAGCGAAACUAAUAAAGGAGCAUUCCACGGGCUGUCCCGUACAAACGCAUUUUAUUUCCUGUAUUGCGACUUUUUUCUCGGCAUUUAAAGCAGGCGAUUAUUUUUCUGUGCAUAUUUUUGACCAUUUGUCAUAGAAAAGGAAACUCUUAUACCUUUAAAUCUUCAGAAACUUCGCGUUUGUACGGGACAACGGUAGACAAUUUCGUGGAAUGCUCCUAAAAUGAGUAGAUACGAAUCAAAACCAUUUUUUUUAAACCCAUUAUUUUCAAAAGGAUUAAAUUUAAUUUAGGAUAAUACUCACCUGCUAUACUUACAAUUCAAUAUUGUAUGUAAACACGAACACAAACAGAAACUCAAUUGUCUCGCAUCUAAAUAAGAGUGACAUUCCAUUUCCAACUGCAGCUGCAAUACUGUUCAUUUUACUAUGGAAAUUGACAGUGACAGCGACGCGUUUCCAUAGUAAAAUGAACAGUAUUGCAGCUGCAGUUGGAAAUGGAAUGUCACUUUAAGUCACAUUAGAGGAAUUACCUCUACAUUUCAUCCCAUUGUACUUUAUUAUUAUUACUAUUUUAAUUCUAUAUUUGCAUGCUUACAUGUUUUCUUGUUUAUAUUUCUCUACUUGAUGUAAAUUUAAGUAACUUUAAGUCAAUUUUAGUUGUUUAUAUGUAUGUUACUCUCUUUGAUAUGUACACGUGUGAGCUGUGGUCACCUAUAAGUGGCUAUAAGCAUCUGUUAUUGUUAAAUGUCCUUGUUCCUAUGUGAUUGUGUAGAUGUAUUAUCCGUUGGUGAUCCUUAAAUAAAUAAAAUAAAAUAAUAAAAUUUAAUACAUAAAUUGUUAACCGAGGAAUGAAAGGCACUAAUUUCAAUCGAGGUAUUAGUUUUUGGCGCUCGAACGCAGUUUGAGUUUCAUUCAGUGGCAAAGUUUUAACAAUGGUCUGUUUCUUGGAAAAAACCUAGGUACCUACCCACUUAUGUAUGUAUUUCUGAAAUAAGUAUGUCCCCGCACUCCCCUAUUUCUCGCACGUGCGCCGAGCUAAUUAGGAGUCGAAGUUGUCGCCAUCGUCGAAUCGGAAUCGGUCGGAAGGAAGGAGGAGGAUUUCUAUACAAUAGGUAGCCAAUUAUCGCAAUCUUGAUUGCAAUUAUAGACAGUUUACCGUUUCUACCCCUAUUAAGUAACGUUUACUUUACCACCGCCAAUUAGUCCCCUUGAUAAUGAACGUCACCGAUGACGGUCAUCAUCAUUAAACGAUUAGGUGCGUUGAUCGUGGGGCCCGCCACACCUGAUAGCAAUUAUUUGUUAUUAUGAUUAUUAUAUCAUUAUAACCCUUCUUACUGAAAUCUUACAGGCCUAUUCGGAUUUCGAGAUAAUCACAAGACCUAGACACGAUUUAGAGAUCAACUAGAUCUACAUUAGAUAUCGACUAGAUGUGACUUGGAUAUCUAAGUCAUAUCUCACUUGUCUAAAUCGUCCAAGAGGACCUCCAGAAUCGCAGAAACGUCAAAUUUGACAUAUCUAUCUUACAAAUAUCUUUAACUAAAUUAUCCAUAUCGUAACUUGUUGAAGUAUAGUAGAAAUCUAAUUCAUUUUCCGAAUCGAGCCGUUAGAAAUUAUACAGUUAACAGUCAAUUAAGCACUUAACACUGUGAGUACCAAGCGUCCCAUUGUCAAUAUCGUACUAUCGUCAUACUUUGCUCCACUGUGGGUAAUUAUGCUCAAAUUCUGAAAGACGACUUAACGUCUAAUAUCUAUAUUUCUAUGUCCCAUCAGGUUCCGUGAUUGUUGCACCAUUUAGGGUCCUAGCUAAAUUGGUUGUUCAAAUACUUACGCUCGAGAUUGAAAAUUUUGUGGCUGCACCCAAUAUUAAAGACGAGAAAAAGGCUUACCGCCUUCGCUGGCUUGACCACGUUUUGAGAAUGGAGGAGGAUCGCGGCGCUAAAAAGGCAUACCUGGGACGCUCGGUAGGACGGAGGCCGAUCGGACGUCCCAGGUUAUCGCUGGGCUGGGGCGAUACGGUUGAACCGGACUUGCGCGAUCUCCAUCCCGAUAACUGGCGGGAGAUGGCACAGGAUCGAGACAACUGGCGUGUACUCGUGUCGGAGGCCAAAACUCAUUUUGGGUCGCUGCGCCAUUGAAGUAAUGGUAAUACUUACGCCAUAGAGUUAAUAUUUGACAGAGGGAAUGCCACUUAAAGCCCCCCAUUCACACUCUUAUAUUGCAGUCCGGCUCACAGGAGUGCGGAGUAGGACGUAGGAUAUAGCUCACACACCUCCUACAUUCCUGUUCGGCUUGCAGGAGUUGCAGGACUGCGAAGCAAGAUGUAGCUUACACACGGGUACUGCUUUGCUUCUCAUAUCACUAGUGUCGGUUUAGCUACUCUUGAAAAUAGUACGUGCAAUUGAAAAAAAAAAGAAAAUAGCUCUUCUGCUGUGUAUUUUCUUGAUAUUGUAUAAAAGUGAAAAAGAGUGUGGGAGAGGAAAUUGCAAAAAAAUUGCCAGAGAGCGUCAUAUUUCUUAAGUAUACCUACUAAAGGUAUAGUUUUCCUGGUUCUUACUGACUGACAAUUGGUUUGACCAACUAUAGCAUUGGAUUGAAAUCAGGUCGUCAUUUUUUUUUAUAGAUUUAACUUGAAACAUAUCUGGUUUUAAACAAAAAAUAAAUACACAUAUUACAAACAAACGAAACGUUAACUAUCAAACAUUAUUCACGUAAACGUCUUUAAUCUCCUUAUUAUCGGGAAAUUACCAUACCGACCUAGUUUGAAAUGCACAAUCAAUAAUUUAGCCAUUUACCUAAACGAUCUCGUAUAUGUAUACACAUAAUGAUUUAAUAAGAAUAAGGGCAUCAAUUACCCUACAUUCGGGAAAUUACCCUAUCCCCAUUCAACUAGUCACACCCUGUUCCGCCUUUGUAAACAGUGAAAUGUGGUGGUUUUACGUACUAAGUACUUAUACCGUGAUAAUUGAUAAAAUUACCUAUGAAAAGUUAUUUCGGUCCUUUUUUCUUUCUAUCGGUACAAUUCUUGCAGGAUUUAACUACGCAUGCCGGCAUAUUUUUCAUUUUUCUUGGACAAAUUUACUUCACUGACGAUCCAUCUGACGGCAAACUGGUGGAUGAGGGCAUAGAGAUAACUGUCAAUGUGUGUGUGCCACGCGUACUAGGAGGUGGAUGCAUGGUGGAUGCUGGAAUCACAGUUGUAUUUUAGCGAAACUAUGGCUGUAGUAUUUUAGGCCCAUAGCCGCAAACAGCUGUUGUUUUUGUGUUUCUGUGGGUUCCUUUAGUAAUUUAUCAGAUAAGAAAAAAGAUUGAUGCGUAGAAAUACUUUAAAAUUGCAAUAAAUAGAUUCACGAAA